GACAAUUCUGUCAUUUUUAUCAAUGGUGGUAAAUAGCACUGCCUGUGUGGAAUUGAUGUUUCUUUUGUGCAUUUUUUUAUACCCCCGUCCAGUUGGCGACGCCAGUACUCCUUUUGUAUGUAGUUCGCUAUAAGACCUCACCAAAGAAGAAUAAGGCUUUUUUUUUGCGGUACUAGUUCUCUAUCUAUCUCUAUGUCUCCUUCACGUCAAGCAGACAUUUUUGGUCUUACGUGAAUUAAGUAGCGUACUACUUUUACAGUUCUGUGGUCUCAGGUGAAUUCGUGGAAGGGAAUGCCGAGCGGUGAAAGGUCCGUUAGUGAAGCGCCUGGGAACGGCAACAUUAUGGCUCAACAGAAGCUUCUGGAAGGUUAUGUGGGCUUUGCCAAUCUCCCAAACCAAGUGUACAGAAAGUCUGUCAAGAGAGGCUUCGAGUUCACUCUCAUGGUUGUGGGUGAAUCUGGUUUGGGGAAGUCUACGCUGAUCAAUUCCCUCUUCCUGACAGACUUGUAUUCUCCUGAAUACCCUGGUCCCUCCCACAGAAUCAAGAAGACUGUACAGGUGGAGCAGUCUAAGGUGCUGGUAAAGGAAGGAGGAGUUCAGCUUCUUCUCACCAUCGUUGACACACCGGGGUUCGGAGACGCUGUCGACAACAGUAACUGCUGGCAGCCAGUCAUUGAUCACAUCGACAGUAAGUUUGAGGAUUACCUCAACUCAGAGUCCCGGGUCAAUAGACGGCAGAUGCCUGACAACAGAGUGCACUGCUGCCUCUACUUCAUCACCCCCUCUGGACAUGGGUUGAAGCCUCUUGAUAUAGAGUUCAUGAAGCGGUUACAUGAAAAAGUGAACAUCAUCCCCCUCAUCGCCAAAGCGGACACAAUGACUCCUGAGGAGUGCCAACAGUUCAAGAAGCAGAUCAUGCGAGAAAUCACAGAGCACAAAAUCAAGAUCUACGAGUUCCCAGAAACUGACGAUGAGGAGGAGAACAAGAUAGUCAAGAAGAUCAAGGAUCGCUUACCCCUGGCUGUUGUUGGUAGCAACACCAUCAUCGUGGUCAAUGAGAAACGGGUGCGAGGGAGGCAGUACCCCUGGGGUGUGGCGGAAGUGGAGAAUGGAGAGCACUGUGACUUCACCAUCCUGAGGAACAUGCUCAUCAGAACUCACAUGCAGGACCUGAAAGACGUGACCAACAAUGUCCACUAUGAGAACUACCGCAGCAGGAAGCUAGCAGCCGUCACAUACAACGGAGUGGACAGCAACAAGAACAAGGGACCAAUGACCAAGAGUCCAUUGGCCCAGAUGGAGGAGGAGAGGAGGGAGCACGUGGCCAAGAUGAUGAAGAUGGAGAUGGAAAUGGAACAGGUGUUUGAGAUGAAGGUCAAGGAGAAGAUCCAGAAGCUCAAAGACUCUGAGCAAGAGCUCCAGCGGCGCCACGAGCAGAUGAAGAAGAACCUGGAGGCCCAGCACAAGGAGCUGGAGGAGAAGAGACGCCAGCUGGAGGAUGAGAAGAACAACUGGGAGGCACAGCAGAGGGUGCUGGAGCAACAGAAACUAGACUCCUCCAGGACCUUGGAAAAGAACAAAAAAAAGAAGAUAUUUUAAAAGUAUUGCAGGAGAACCACCAUGUAACAAUGUACUAGUUGCCAAUUUACCAGCCUGGACCGUCAGUUUGCCUGUCAACCAACAACCUGUUACUGAUACUGUAUGUGUGACGGAGCAGCGUGGUCUGUCUGGGGGAAGUUGGUUCUAACUGGGGGAUAGAGGGAGAGAGGCUCCUCCAUUAAACUCAAACUCACUUUCAGACAGACUCAGUCCUGGAACAUGCUAUAUCACUGUACUAUUUCUCCUUUUAUCCCUAGUUUUUUAUGUAUAUAUGUGUUUUUUUCCUGAAGUGGGCACAUUAGAUGGUUGUACAAUCAUGUUUUGUGGUUCAGUGUGACACACAGAAAAACGAUUUUAGAAAGGAUUUUUUUUCCCACUUUAAACCCCAGAAUGCCACAACUGUUUUUCUUUCACUUCCUUAUUCUCUUUCUAGUUAGAUGGCCUUGGAGACAGACUGCGCUGCUUUUUCUCUUUCUAGUUACAUGACCUUGGAGACAGACUGCACUGCUUAUUCUCUUUCUAGUUAGAUGGCCUUGGAGACGGACUGCACUGCUUAUUCUCUUUCUAGUUAGAUGGCCUUGGAGACGGACUGCA